GACGAUUUCUUUGUGACCAAAAAACAAACAAAAUCACUAAUAUGGGAGGAUCCAGCGGCGGCUUUAGCCAAUGCCCGCCAUGUAUUCGGCGAACACGGCGGCGUUAACAUGUCCAUUGAAGCCUCCGCCACGUUCACCGUCAUGGAACCGGAAACCAUGCGCCGCAUGUUCUCCGGCGAACUUGGCCCUGACCGUGACUUCUUCAUCUACAGCCGCCAUUUCAACCCGACAGUGCUCAAUCUCGGACGCCUCAUGGCGGCGCUCGAGGGUACUGAAGCCGCUUACUGUACGGCUUCCGGCAUGUCGGCGAUAUCUUCGGUGUUGCUACAGCUGUGUAGUUCAGGUGGACACGUGGUGGCUUCACGGACGCUCUACGGUGGGACACACGCCUUGCUUACUCAUUUCUUGCCGAGGGCUUGUAACAUAACGACGUCGUUUGUGGACAUAAGGGAUUUGCAAAUGGUUAAGGAAGCGAUUGUGGAAGGGAGGACAAAAGUACUGUAUUUUGAGUCGCUGUCAAAUCCUACGUUAACGGUGGCUAACGUGCCGGAGCUGAGUAGGAUAGCGCAUGAAAAAGGAGUGACGGUGGUGGUGGACAACACUUUUGCUCCGAUGGUGCUUUCGCCGGCGAAGUUAGGUGCUGACGUUGUUGUUCACAGUAUUUCCAAGUACAUUAGCGGUGGAGCCGACAUCAUCGCAGGUGCCGUUUGUGGGCCAGAAAAUCUUGUGAACUCCAUGAUGGAUCUUCAUCAAGGGGCUCUUAUGCUAUUGGGCCCAACUAUGAAUCCCAAAGUGGCAUUUGAACUUUCAGAAAGACUUCCUCACUUGGGCCUUAGAAUGAAGGAACAUUGCAAACGGGCUUUGGAAUAUGCUACUAGAAUGACUAAACUUGGGCUCAAAGUGAUUUACCCAGGCCUAGAAGCCCACCCAGAUCAUACCCUUCUCAAGUCCAUGGCUAAUAAAGACUAUGGUUAUGGUGGAAUUCUCUGUGUGGACAUGGAAACCGAGGAACGCGCUAAUCGUUUGAUGAAUGUCUUGCAAAACUUUACCCAAUUUGGGUUCAUGGCUGUGAGUUUGGGCUAUUACGAGACCCUCAUGUCGUGCUCGGGUUCUAGCACGAGCAGUGAAUUGAACCAUGAAGAGAAAGAGUUGGCCGGAAUUUCACCAGGAUUAGUGCGAAUGUCAAUCGGAUAUAACGGAUCAUUGGAACAAAAAUGGAGCCAGCUCGAGAAGGCAUUAUCCAGAAUGCAAGAGAAAAUGGCCUUUUAGAAGCUCAAAAAUUGAACUUGUUAAGAUGCUUUGUUUUGCUCUAUGAAGGGAUGGAUCCUACUUUUUAUGUAGUAUGUGCCUUUGGCCCAUGUUUGUUGUUUCAAGUGUGGUGCUUGCAGUAAAGCUAGUUUUAAGCCCAAUAUAAUUAAAAAUGUGAAGGAAGAAUAGAAUAAGUGUGACCCAUAAGCUGCUUAUUAUCCACUUUAGUUGUGGAGUUCCAACUUCCCUCUAUUCUAGAUUGUUUUAUGUUGAUGUAUUUAGGGAUGAAAAAGGUAGUCGAUUAUAUAAUUAUGCAUUA